AUGAUUUCUCGUGCUCCACUAUCCGGUGCAAUGCCUAUCCCCAAUCAAUCUACAGGCAGUAUGCUGGGAUCAAGAUAUCUCACUAUACCAACCGAUACUUAUAGAAUGCUUUUCCCGGAUUCUCUUUUUGAAAUUCCAGCUGACUUGGGUUCAAUCGAUCGUGUCGAGGAAGUACAUUUGGAUCGUAGAGCACCACCAAUUCCAGCUGACUUGGGUUCAAUCGAUCGUGUCGAGGAAGUACAUUUGGAUCGUAGAGCACCACCAAUGGCAAAGUUAUUUAGCAAAGCUAAAACUGUGUUGGUUAAGCCAAAAGGUGGUUCUAUUAAAGCCAAACCAAUCGUUCACAAUGCAAAGCUAUCUGGGCCUACCAAAGCAGGCUCUAUUAAAAAGACGGGCGUUGAAAGUGGAGCUAGUAAAGCGGGCUCUAGUUCUGGAGCCGGAGCUACUCAAAAGAGUGGUGGUGGCACUCCACCACCUCGACCACCUCCACCUGGUAAAUCUGGAAAUCCCAUUGCCAAAAGUCCAUCAACAAGUGGUGGCCCAACUAAAGCUCCUGCUCCUCAGAUUCCACAACAAGGAGCUGGAGCUGGAACUAGCCAGCAAUCUGGACCCAUGACUCAAAAUCGUGCCGGUAGCACUUCACCAGUACCAGCUGGUAAACCUGCAAGUCCUCCCGCUCAAGGCCAGCCAGCAAGUGGUGGUCCAGUUAAAGCUCCUGCUCCUCAGAUUCCACAACAAGGAGCUGGAACUAGUCAGCAAUCUGGAGCUGGAGCUGGAACUCAAAAUCAUGGUGGUGGUAUUCCACCAGCUCCACCACUUGUACUCGGUAAAAAUGGUAGACCUAUAAAUCCCCCCGCCAAAAGUCCAUCAACAAAUGGUGGUCCAGUUAAAGCUCCUGCUCCUCAGAUUCCACAACAAGGAGCUGGGGCUGGAACUCAAAAUCAUGGUGGUGGUACUUCACCAGCACCAGCUGGUAAACCUGCAAGUCCUCCCGCCAAAAGUCCAUCAACAAAUGGUGGUCCAGUUAAAGCCCCUGCUCCUCAGAUUCCACAACAAGGAGCUGGAACUAGUCAGCAAUCUGGAGCUGGAGCUGGAACUCAAAAUCAUGGUGGUGGAAUACCACCAGCUCCACCACUUGUACUCGGUAAAAAUGGUAGACCUAUAAAUCCCCCCGCCAAAAGUCCAUCAACAAAUGGUGGUCCAGUUAAAGCUCCUGCUCCUCAAAACCCACAACAAGGAGCUGGAGUCGGAGCUGGAACUCAAAAUCAUGGUGGUGGUAUUCCACCAGCUCCACCUGGUAGACCUGGAAAUCCCCCCACUCAAGGCCAGCCAGCAAGUGGUGGUCCAGUUAAAGCUCCUGCUCCUCAAAACCCACAACAAGGAGCUGGAGUCGGAGCUGGAACUCAAAAUCAUGCUGGUGGUAUUCCACCAGCUCCACCUGGUAGACCUGGAAAUUCCCCCGCUCAAGGCCAGCCAGUAAGUGGUGGUCCAGUUAAAGCCCCUGCUCCUCAAAACCCACAACAAGGAGCUGGAGUCGGAGCUGGAACUCAAAAUCAUGGUGGUGGUAUUCCACCACCUCGACCAGCUCCGCCUGGUAGACCUGGAAAUCCCCCCGCUCAAGGCCAGCCAGUAAGUGGUGGUCCAGUUAAAGCUCCUGCUCCUCAAAACCCACAACAAGGAGCUGGAGUCGGAGCUGGAACUCAAAAUCAUGGUGGUGGUACUCCACCACCUCGACCAGCUCCGCCUGGUAGACCUGGAAAUCCCCCCACUCAAGGCCAGCCAGUAAGUGGUGGUCCAGUUAAAGCUCCUGCUCCUCAGAUUCCACAACAAGGAGCUGGAACUAGUCAGCAAUCUGGAGCUGGAGUCGGAGCUGGAACUCAAAAUCAUGCUGGUGGUACUCCACCACCUCCACCACCUCCACCUGGUAGACCUGGAAAUCCCCCCACUCAAGGCCAGCCAACAACUGGCGCAGGCACUCAGAAUAACGGACAGGGUGUAGGCACUCAGAACAACGGACAGGGUGUAGGCACUCAGAACAACGGACAGGGUGUAGGCACUCAGAACAACGGACAAGGCACAGGCACUCAGAACAAUAUGCAAUCCAGCUCUAGCCACCCAGGUGAUCAGAUGGGCGAUAUGGCACCAGCUCCAAGCCCUGGAUUCGUGGGAAAAAUGAAAAAUAUGGUUACUGGUGGCAAUGGCGGUGGUGGACUGGCUGAAACUCUUGUAACAUCAAUGGUAGGAGGAGUGGGAAUGAGUGUUGCUGGUCUAGCUGUGCAGAAGGUUGUCGAAUCCAGAUCUAAACCGCCUGCUGAUGAAGUCCCUGCUGAAGAUGUCCCUGUUGAAGAAGAAACCCCUGCUGCUGAAGAUGUCCCUGCUGCUGAAGAUGUCCCUGCUGGGGAUGCUUCCGUUGAUAAAGGAGUAACAGAUACUUCUAAUACAGCCGAGGGAGACCCACCGGUUUCCAACUGA